AUGCAACAACCCUAUCCGUAUGGUCAAUAUGUAUAUCCAAACGGUGCACCAAUGCCCGUUCGAUAUAUGGUACCCUCUGGACAAACACAAGCAUCUCCACCAUUUGCUAAUCAAGCAUUUAAUCGUUAUCCUACAGUACCAGCAAACACUUAUCCUCCACAAAAUAUGACACAACCAAUACGUUAUCCACCUGUAUAUGCUCAACCCAUUAUGCGAAUGCCAUAUAAUACACCUCAACAACAACAACAACAACAACAACAACCACCACAACCGUAUUAUUAUAAUCCUUAUGCUUCUAAUCAAGAAACUCCUACAGCAUCAUCCGAUCCCAAAACACCGGCACCUAAAAAAGGUGCAAAAGAAUAUAAAGAUAAUGCAUUUACAAUUGCACCAGAUGGUACACAGAAUGAAACAAUUAAAGGUCUUGUUUCUAAUAAUGAUAUUAAUGAAUUAUUAAAACAUAAAGGUACAAAAGUUAAAGUUUCAAAGAUUUAUCGAAUUACAAAAACUAAACCUGAGAUUAAACCAGAUGAAUCAAGUGAUGAAGAUUUACCACCUGUACCAGUAGCACCGUCUCGACCACAAACAAUUCAACGACCAGUUUCACCAUCAUCGUCAUCAUCAAGCUGUAGUCACUGUUCAACAUGUAGUAAUUGUUCUUGCUCUGAAUGUCGUGAUCGAGAUCGAUCACACGGUUAUGAUGAUUGUCCAGAAUGUCGUGCUGAAUGGAAUCGUGAACAAGCUAGACGACAAAGACAUAAAUGA